AUGAUUGAAACAGUUGAAAAGCCUACGGAAGCAUGGGUAUCCGCGGCCGUUUCCCAUGCAAAAGACUACCCUGAAAGGUGGGCCGUCGACGCCAGCAACGCCAACACCGUGCCCUGGUUCGGCUGGAGAACAGCCGAUAAAGUCGCCAACGCCUUGAAUGUGAAUAACACGGAUGAUAUACAGACUUAUGUCGGCAGGCUCACAGCUCAAAAGGGUCUUAAGUUCCCCCAAUCGGAGAAGGGGCUAAAUCCGGCGGUUCUGAAUAACACACCGCGGGUGUCAUUCGUUUUACCUCUUGUUGGGCAGUCCAGGGUUGCGACUUUCAUUACGUUUGCAUACAACUUUGCAAACAGCAUCUGGCUUGGCGUUUUCAGGUAG